GGCCAUUUUUUAGCGAGAGGGAGGGGGCGGGGAUGAUUGAAGACCGGCCGCCGCCUUCGGGGCGCCCCAUGUCCGUCGGCCGGCGAGAUGCUGCGGCUGCGCUGUAAGGCCCGGAGUGGCUCCUUCGCGCUGCCGGGGCUCACGGCCCACUCCCGCCUCCGCGAGCUGCAGGCGGUGAUCGCGGCCCUCACCGGGGUGCCCGCCCAGGCCCAGCGCCUGCUCCUCGGCUUCCCUCCCCGCGGCCUCGACCUCAGCGACGGAGAGCAGCGCCUCGGAGAGCUGGGCAUUCACUCCGGUGACACUCUUAUAGUUGAAGAAGAUGCAACCAAGCCCAAAACUGAGCCAGCUAUAGUUACAAAACGAACUGCUUCUAAUUCAUUCAGGGAAGCUCUCCCAGUGCUUGCCCGGAAGGUUGUUCCAGCAGAUAACUCAUGUCUCUUUACCAGCAUAUAUUAUGUGGUAGAAGGUGGGGUUUAUGAUCCAGGAUGUGCUCCAGAGAUGAGAAAUCUCAUAGCUCAGAUUGUAGCAAGUGAUCCGGAAUCCUAUAGUGAAGCUGUUCUAGGGAAAACUAAUCAGGAAUACUGUGAAUGGAUAAGAAGAGAAGAUACGUGGGGAGGUGCAAUUGAGGUUUCCAUCUUAUCUAAAUUCUAUCAAUGUGAAAUUUGUGUAGUGGAUACUCAAACAGUCAGAAUCGAUCGUUUUGGGGAAGAUGCUGGCUAUGCUAAACGGGUGCUUUUAAUUUAUGAUGGUAUUCACUAUGAUCCUCUUGAGCGUAAAAUUCCCAAUUCAGAUGUUCCUCCCCAAACAAUCUUUUCAGCAUCUGAUGACAUCGUGCUUGCACAGGCUAUGGAGUUAGCAGAUGAAGCCAGAAGAAAGAGACAGUUUACUGAUGUAAAUCGAUUUACACUGAGAUGCAUGGUAUGUCAGCAAGGAUUAACAGGGCAAGUGGAAGCCAGAGAACAUGCCAAGGAAACGGGACACACCAACUUUGGAGAAGUGUGAAUUUUCUGUGAGAUUGGUCAUCCCUGCUACCUCACUGAUCCAGAGAAAACCUCUAAAAUCCUAAAUAAGCUGUAUGUAAUCAUAUGAAAUCCAUUCAGGGUUUGAAGCCCCCAACUUAAGUAUGAAUGAUAUGCACAGGUUUGCUGUGGUUAGUCUCAAAAGUUUACAAGCAUGUGUGCAGUGAUGCUAUAUUUUCCAACUAGUUUGGAAUGUAAUUUUUGCAUGUCUUAAGUACUAGGACAGCUAUUGAUACAAAUGGCUGUCCUGACAGCUGCAAGAAUCCAAGAACGUAAUUCAGGAAUUCCUCUGAAACACUGCUGUAGCUAGAUUAAAUUGUACUUCAGAUUUUGGGUGGAAUAAAAACUGAAGCUCAUUUACUGAGUUAAGGUGGCCUCCAUUCGAAUUUGGCACGGUUACUUAUCUCAGUCUUGUUUAUUAAAAAGACAUGUACACUUGUAAAAUUAAACGCAGAUCAGACACACGGUUGCCUCUUAAAUAUUGUAAUCCCAAAGCACAUCACUGGGUAACAGUACCAUAAGUGUAAAGGAAAAGGUGUCAUAAAAGCCUUUAUCUUAGAAGCUUUUGUCCACAGCUUUCUUAGGGCACUUCCACACCGCCAUAUAACCCAGAAUAUUAAGGCAGAUAAUCUGCAAUAUCUGCUUUGAACUGAGUUAUCGGAAUCCACGCUGCCAUAUAACCCAGUUCAAAGCACAUAAUGUGGGAUUUUAUAAGCUGUGUGGAAGGGGCCUAAGGCCCCUUCCACACUGACCUUUAUCCCAGGAUCUGAUCCCAGAUUAUCUGCUUUAAACCAUAUUAUAUGAGUCUCCACUGCCAGAUAAUCUGGGAUAAACUGAUAAUCUGGAAUCAGAUCCUGGGAAUUAGGGGCAAGUAUGGAAGGGGUCUUAGAAAGAGAGUUGUUUCCAAUUAGAUCACACAUUUUCUUAAUAUUGGUCUAUAUUAAUAGCUCUUUAAACACCUGUUGGUUGUUUAGAUGCUUAUGUAUAUUUAUGAAAUGCCUUUCAACAUUACUGAAAUUAUAACAGCUUCCAGUAAUGUGAAUGGAAUUUGUUUUAAGCUGCUCACUUGUAUAUUGAGGGUGUAGAAUUUGCAGGCUUGUAUUAUGGCUCUCAAAUUGCCAUUUUCUCUUAAUGUGAAACUGAUCAGGAACAGUUUGAUCCCAAGAAAGCAUUGAGCAUUUAAGAAUAGCAGUGUCCCUCAUUACUGCUGGUUUUCUCCCAUGGAAAUGGGUAUCCUUCAGACAAGAUGGUCCUCAGAACUAUACUGUUUUAUGGUCAGGAAUGAAGAGCCCGGUUUUGUUAUUCUUUGAUACCAGUUGAAAUAGGUGCUCCUUGUUAAGAGUUGAAGUUCUUGAUUUAUAUCCAGUAUCACAUUUAUCUACUUGCUAAUGGGUUGCCAUUAGAAACUUGGCCACUGGAGAUCUUCCGUUUUGCUUAACUCCCACAAGUUAGACUGUGUAGUUUUCAGCUGCUGAAAAUAGUAACUAAGUAACAUCUCACUGGUUUAUAUAAGCUAUUUUUCUACAUAGACUGUUUGGAAUUGGGGUUUCAGCUGUUCUGGUAUUUGCAUUUUACCAGAUGUCAAAUUAUGGCAGCUGUAACCAGUUGAAUCCUCUCACUUAAAGAGUUUUGUUUAUAUUCAGAUUUCUUUUUAUAUAGACAAGUUGUACUAAAUCUGUGGGCCUCCUUGAGGCUAAUUUAAAUUAAAUUAACUUAGAGGCUAUUUAAAUUAAAAUAACUUAGAACUAAUUUUUAAAAUGCAGGUGAUACAGAAUUUGAGAUGAAAAGUUGUUGCUAGGUGCUUAAAAAUGACUUUUAUGAGUGUUAAUGAAUUAGAAAUAAAGCCACAUAUUAUUAUAAAGAAAUCAGACCGUGACGUUGAUGUAGGUGUUAUAGGUGGCUGCUAUUAAUGUCCUAAAGUAUUAGGGAAAGGAUUCAGUUGGCUUUUCUGUAAUCACAGUUCAGUUGGUAUACUAGCUGGGGAUAAAAAUCUCAUUUUCCUUUCUACACAUGAAAUGUGAAAAUAAAAGUUAGGAUGAUAUAAAAUCAUUAGUGUAAAUAACAAGAAUUUGCAAGCUAAGUCGGUUUGUUGAGCCAGCAUGGAUUUAUAUUAUGCAAGGAGUUUUUCGUGGUUAAUAACAUUAUGUCAGCUACAUUUUAGGAUAUUACUUGUUCCUUGGGUAAUACUUUUUUUUGCACUGCUUGGUUCUAUUUCUGGUUAGUUUUCUAUGGGAUGUGGUGAAAUGAACUACAGUACGACUCCCUUCGCCAUGGAUUUAAUACCCACAGUUUCACCUAUCCAAAAUCCCUGGAAGUGUUUGUGAGCCUCUUUAGGUCCUCCAGGUAUCCUGUCGGCCCAAGUAUUGUCAAAAUACAGUGUUAAUUAUCCAGGGGAUCUUGGAAUGUAUCCUCUGCAAAUAUGGGGAGGGUAUUGUAUUUUUAAACAUAUGAAGCUCUUUUUUCUGUCAUAGACAACAAUAAGUAUCCUUAACCUUUCAGACACCCAGUUCAAAUGGAUUAGCCAUUGUCAGUUAUGGUUAAUUGAAUUCCUGUUUCUAAAAGUGGGAAGUAGUUAAUUGGCUCAUAUUGAUUUCAGUAUGGUGUGAGGUCCAGUGCAUGUCUGCUAAGAUGUACUCUAUAUACUUAUGUAAACAUUUAGGGCAGGUGUUGGGGGUAUAAUUAUUUUGAUGUGACCUAUUGAUUCGUUGAGGGUAAUUCCUGGAAAGGGGAAAGUGCCAAUGCCACCUAGGAGGCUGUUGCCUUACUACAACUACCACUGUUUCCCCAUCUAGACAUUCAGAAAGGCUAGAAGUGGCACCACAAUGGAGAGCACUGAGAGAGUUGAUGGUUCUUUUAGGUUCUCUUGGACAAGGCUAAACUCUUGCCUUUUACCCUCUACUCAAAGAAGGGGAUGGUUCCUUAAAAAGAAAAAAGAAUUGAGGUACAGUAAUCACAUGGAUAAGAUGACCAUAGUUUUUUUUUUGGGGCUGAUUUUUUCGUCCAAAAACUUCUAGACUUAUACAUGAGUAUAUAGGGUAAGGUCCACUUUUUCUAUUAGGAUUUAGUCACAGGAAACUUUAAAAUUCCAACCUGUGUUACAGUGCUUAACUGAACAUGGACUCCUAAGUGCUUAUACAGUUUUGACUAUUCUUGUGAUAUUUUUCCAGAAGCCUUAAUUCAGGGUGGAAAUUGUGUAGCCCUCCAGAUGCUGCUGAACUGCACCUCACAGCAUUCCCAACCAUUGGCUCUGUUUGCUAGGGCUUCUGAUUGUUGCAGUUCAAUACAGCCUGGAGGGCUGCAAAGUUCCUACUUCUUGCCUUAACUGGACAAACUAAGUGGGGCCAUGCUUCUAGAAGAUUGCCUAGUUCAUGGUCACUUUGGUCAAAGGGAACAAUGGGUGAGAAGAAUGAUAUGCCAGGACUUUGCUUGAUUUUGGCUUAAGCAAUAAAUGCAAAAUCUAUUUCCCUCCCCCAAAGAAUAUAAGUAAUAAUACUGAUAUUCCCUUUAAAAUUGGACUCAAUAAGACAGGGAUCCUAUGCACUUUUACAGAGGAGUCAAUCCCAUUGAAUGCAGUGGGAUUUCUUCUGAGUGGACAUGCAUAAGAUAGCUUGUUAAAGGUUCUUAAUUGUAAAAUACUUCAUGUGCAUUAAGCUUCUCCCAGUAGGUUUUGUUGCAAGUCUGUAUAUAUUUUUCUAAGGAAAAAUAGAUUUUGAAAUCAUGCAAAACACUUGAGUUGGUUAACUGGAGUAGUUAUUUAAAUCAUUGUUCAAUAUCCAUGCAUUUAAAUCACUUGGAUCUCCAAAUAAAUGUGUUGGAGAUAAAAAAAAAUGUUGAUUCUAGGUAUAAAAAGCACUUAAGAAAAAAAUGACUGAAAUGGAAGAUUUUUUUUAAAAAAUCUUGAAUUUAUUUUGAUCAUGCUACUCUUAUUCCAUAUUUGGCUCAGACUAUGGGCACACUAUCAUGAUGUGCUAGCAUGUAGGGAUCAGAACAUUGGACUCUAAAUACAAGGGUUCGCUUCCCCAUUUGGGCAUAGAAAUCUGCUGCUUGACCUUUGGCAAGUCACACUCUCUGAGCCUCCGAGGAAGGCAAUAGCAAACCUCUAAACAAAUCCUGUCAAGAAAACGGAUAAGAGUCAACAUAAGUUUAAAAAGAGUGAAAGCACGCUACCACAACAAAUCAUUAUAGUCUUUCUUUGCCUGUUUGCAAAAAAUAAUCAAGCCCACCUAUCUCACAAAUGUACCUUAUGCUGCUUGGACAGAGUUGCCAUUGGAAGUCAAUUUAUUUUGUAAGCUUUCUAUUUCUGUUUUAAACGAAAUUGUACAUGCAUUUUGCAUUUUUGCUACAAUACUUUUAUGUUACACUUGAAAUGUACUGGGUAAAAGAUUAUGUUCUAAAUAGCUUGCAUCUGUCUUAUAUAGUGGAACAGUGUUGUUUGCUUUCACUUAACUUUAACAGCAGUAUUAUGUACACACAUUAUCUUUUUAAUACCAGUUCAGAUAAAAUGUAUUCACAUGUAACAUUGAAUUGCUGAAAUUGUACUUGGAGUGUUGUUACAUUCAUACGAAAGUGACCAUCAAUUGAAUCUCAAUGUAUACAAGGCGCAUAAUGUGUGGAAUCCUAAGAACAUCUUUGUUGAGGCAGGACAUUCAUAAACUCGUAACCUGUGCAAUAAGAUAGUGAUCAUCUCCUGUUUAUCUCUACAUCUGGCUAUCAAAUGAAGCUUACAUUUAGUUUUGUUGUUGAAUAGCCUUCAAUAAACCUAUUCUCUAAGCUAA